ACGUUGGACCGAAUGGAGAGUGGCAUCAUUCACUAGCCGGGAACAGUUCGACGCACAGGUGUCGUCUCCGAUUGCACCUUUUUUUGUUAAAUUUGAAACAGAGAUAGUUCAACGCUGAAAUGAAGGUCUUCAUCUGCCUGUUGGCCACCAUCUGCGCCUGCAACGCCACCUUCCUGUCCUUUUUGGGCGGCGGCGGUGGAGGAGGAGGUGGCAGCAAGACCACCUAUAAUGUAAUAGCCACGCCCAGUGCAGGUGGAGGAGGCGGUGGUGGUGGUGGAGGCGGCGGCGGUCAUGGAUAUGCCCAGGGAGGCGGAAGCCAUGGCUAUGCCCAGGGACACGGAUACAGUCAUGGCGGUGGACAUGGACACGGUGGCUCCUCGCAGAUCAUCAAGGUCAUUCUGCAGGAGGGUCAGGGAUACAGCAACGCUGGAGGAUCAGCCGGUGGCAUUGUGUCCUCAGGCGUCCAGGGCUACAGUCAGGGACAUGGCUAUGCCAGUGGUCAAUCGUAUGGUCAAAGUCAUGGAUCCUAUGGCGGCCAGCAAGCCCAGAUCUACAAGAUCAUCGAACAGGUCCCAGCCCCAGCUCCUGCCCCUGCCCCCGUUCCCAUUCCGAUUUCGAUUCCUGCUCCUGCUCCACCAGCUGCACCCAUUGCCUAUCAUGCCUCUUCUGGUGGCUCCAAUGGAUACUCCUACGGCCACGGUCACUCGCACUCCUACGGACAGUCCUAUGCCUCGGGACACGGUUAUGGUGGAGCCUCCUUUGAUACCCAGCAGUUCAACGCCAUUCUGCCUCAGAUCCUCCAGUUGGUGUUGCAGGAAGAUUCCUUCGGGGGCGGUGUUGGUGGCGGAUCCGAUGUGGCUGCCAUCAACGGCCAGCUGAUCAACGCCUUCGGUUCCAAGGGCAAGGCCAUCAUCUUGAAGGCUGAUCAGGCUCAGGGAGACUUCUUCAAAAGCGGCCAUGUUGUGCAGCGUGGAACCCUUAAGGUGAUGCGUGUCCAGGAUCAGCAACAAUCCCAGGGAGCUGGUGCCUCCAAGGGAGGCUGGAGUUCCGGAGGUGGUGGUGCCUCAUCCGGUGGCUGGAGUUCUGGCGGUGGUGCCUCAUCCGGUGGCUGGAGCUCUGGCGGCGGUGGUGCCGUUUCCGGUGGCUGGAGUUCCGGAGGAGGUGGCUCUUCCGGUGGCUGGAGCAGCGGUGGCCCACCCUCCGCCUGGUAGAUGCACAGCGUCCACUUCCCGCCUAGUUAGUUAGACCAAAUGAAUUGUUUUUUUUUUUUUCGCUAUCCUCUACUCUAUCGUUAUGUAUUUUUUUUCCUAGGCUAAUCCUUCACAGUCAUUAUCAAAAAGAUAAACAAAACAUCCAUCAUUAUUAACUUAAAUUAUUUGUUAAUAAACAAUUUGAACCAA